AGUUCUGAACGAAAAUAACGUCAUUCACAGCAACAUCGAGACAAAACGAACUGCCGCUUACAGCUUGAAAUUCCGCAAAUUGCCUGCAGAUUGCCCAACAUGUUCCGAUUUCACAAGACGCUCGACAUCAUCACGCUCUUCCACAAGGCCAGCUCCCCGGCCUCUGUGCGAGUUUCUAAUCUGCUGAAGCAGGCAUCCACAAGUGCCCAGAAGAGCGCCGCGCAAGACGCCGAGACUCGCCGUGAGCCAUUUGAGCUGAACAUUACCGAAGACGCCCCGACUGUCGACCAGGUGCAGACAAUCUUGGAGUACGUUGGCCAGAGCGGCGCCUCUCAGGUCGUCAAGGGUGCGAGAGACGACAAGGAUGCGCUGAAGAAGUUCAAGGAGAACAAGGAGAACUUGUUGCGGCCAUUGACUGUUGACUGGAGCAAUGGCAAGGCGAUUGCAGGAGACAACGAGUCCGAGAUCUUGAAGCUCCUCAAUGCUCAAAAGUGAGCACCAUAGCAAAUCAUGUAUAAUCACAGCUUUUGACUCUGUAUCUUUUAUGAAUGUAUACCCCACUCUUACCAUGGACAUUUGGGCAUUAUAGACGGUAGUGAAGAGGGAAAAAUUAAGACUGCUCUUUACAUCUUCCGAUAUUCCGGUGAUUCCCUUUGGACUCUUGAAGCUUGGUGCCGCACAGCAGUUUGAUACUAUAACAGCGAGAGGUGUUUGCUGAAUUUGAC